UCCAGGAAACAUGGUUGUGUGCUGGUUCGAGUCCCUGCGCUGCUGCAGCUGCGGUAACUGCAGGUAACAGCGGUGAUAUCCCGGGGCUCGACCUGAGAGACGGAAUAACGGUCAGGAGGAGGAGGAGGAGGAGGAGAGGCGUCGGUUCCCACCAUGGACGACAGCCUGGCCCGGAGGCCCGCAGCCCGGCCGAGGAGGCUGUCUGCUGCCGCCGCGGACUCCGGAGCUAACGUUAGCCUGCAAUAUGGCGAGGUGACCGAGGCGAUCGAGGUGCAGCCCGCCAGAGAAACCACGGUGGCCGCGGACAGACCGGGCGCCGCCGCCGCCGGGAUCGUGGAGAGGAGGAACUCGGCUCCGCAGGUGGUUCACCAGAGGCAUAUGCCGAUGGAGCCGAAGAAGUUCCACAUACCGAGGAAAACUAAGGAGAAGAGAGCUCUCUUCCGAGAUGUCUCCACUGAGUCCAGGGAGUUCGAGGACAUGGUGAACAUCCUGACCUCCAGUUACUUCGACACUGGCUCAGCUGGCUGCUUCACCUACUGCAAACCUCGGCUCGUCUACAGCGAGCUGCUGGAGAAAGAGUUUGUGGAGAAGAGGAGGGAGAUGAAGAUGGACGGGAGGACGGAUACGGAGCUGGAGGAAAGUUACGGUUUCAUGUUGGUUGAUGCUCCAAAGGUGCACCAGCUCUGCGAGAACGGUCUGUGUGUGAGUCACAGCUGGAUCACAGUGCUGGGAAACCCCAGUAAAGGAGUGUAUCUGUCCAGGUACUCAGACCUGCUUCAGAUUAACUCGUUUACCCCAGGAGCCACAGGGGAGAUCAUCAUCUUCAAAGUGAUGAAGGGAAAAGUGAAGAGUAUCUAUGAAAACAUGAAGAACGUUCUGGAUCCAACGCCUCGCUUCGACAGCCACAUCUUCAAGAACGCCAGCAAAGUCACCUCACUCACGUCCUACCGCUCCUUCGAGUUCACACAGCAUUACUUCUACGAGUAUUCGUUCGAUGAAUUGCGGCAGCGACCUCGCCAGGUUUGUCCGUACGCCGUCGUCUCCCUCCUGUUCAAAGGAAAGGACACUCCGCUUCUGAGGAUGAACAGUCAGACAACAGAGGGGAGUAAAGAGCGAGCUCAGUUCACAGUGUGGACCGGAGAUUUGGUGAAAGGCGACCAGGUUCUCUUCCAGAUCUCCCUUCGCUCCUUUUCUCCGCCCUUCCUGCCCCACAGACUACCAGAGAAGUUGAAAAUUGGUUGCGUGAUGAGACUUGACCAGGUGACCAAGCUCCUCCCCUCCAGCCUGUUCUCCUACAACCUCUACAACAGCAGCCAAGAAGUUGUGGAGGAUGGACAUUGCUGCAGUCUUCUGGAGGUGAUUGACAGAAGUCGGUCAACGACCAACGUGACAAAGCUUCUGCAGGAGCUGGAGAUGAAGAGAGUGGUUCUGGUGAGUCCACUUUCAGAGCGAGGAUUUCUCUUUCUACUCUCCAGUGUUCAGAUGGCCUCACCUCCUGAGCGAGAAGGAAACUGGAAGAGGUGUCUUCAGGCCUUGUUUGUUUUUCCUGAGAGCAGAGACGUUGCCAAAUCCACAUCAAGGAGGGCCUCCUCUGCCCAUGAUGCCUCAGUGUCGAUGUCUGGUGCCACAGUGAUGCCACAUCUGAGUACGUUUAUCCCAGCGUUGCAUCACGCCCUCGUCAAAACCCGUGCUAACCCGGCUCCCGAGCUGUCUGCCGGCGUGGAGCGCCAGGCAAAAGAAUACCUCAUUGGCCUGAAGGACGGCAAGGUUCGGCAGUACCCCAUGGGUGAAUACGACUCCAACCAAGAUGAGCAAGAAAAGCAUUUUCCCGCUCCCAAACACCACAAGGGGAACAUGGACUACUAUCUGCGCUCCUACCUGCACAGCCCUGCCCUCUACCUGCUGUCAGUGGCCCGGGCCAGGCAGGUGGUGGAGGGGCACUGUGGCCCCGAGGAGCCACAGCAGGUGAGGCCCAGGAAGAGCUGUGCAGGCCAGAGAGAGUCGACGGGGAAGGAGGUGACAGGCAGCUCCAGAGAAGGACAUUCCAACACUAAGAAGUUGCAGCAGCUUGUAGACCUGGUUUUGACCUGUAAGAGGAACGCAGAAAAUGAGGUGAAGAGGGAGGAAGGAGGAGAGGGAUCGCUGAAGGGACCAGGGAGGAAGAGGAGGCUGGAGCAGCAGGCGGCAGCGAGGGCGCUUAAAUUCCUGAAGGCAACUCAGGAACCUGGAAGAGAUUCCAAGAUUCCAGUCGAGGGAAGCCAGGUGUCUUCCUCUCCCGACUCUCUUACAUCUGUGAUUGGUUCAGUGGGUUUGAGGGACGUUGAUCUGAGGGAAGAUGGAUCUGAGCUUGCUGCCAAACUUCUCAUGCUGCUGACAGGCCUCAAACAGGCUGCCAAGGGCCCGGUCAGUCAGGAGGAGGGGCAGAGGGAAUCCUCUCCGUUUGAUAGGCUGGCCACUAAGCUGGGCCUGCCCACCAACUGUGACAUUGACCUGAGGAAGCAGGAAGAGCUUGAGGAGCAAACUGCGGGCAGUGUCAGCAGUCUGGAGGGAUUCAGUCCUAGCUCGCACAGCGGGGAGAUGAAUCACCGCGCGGGAAGAGGUCUGGGGAGGGGAACAGUAUACGGAGAUGACGAGGAAGAGGAGGAGAUCCCAUGGGUCCUCAUCCCCAUAACAGGUCUGAGUUCAGAUCGCUACUCUCAGAGAGAAAGAAACAUCCCUAAGGAUCCUCGCUUUCAGCACCUCUCGAUGACAACAAGCAUCACCACGACAACCAAACCUCCCGGGAAGAGCCCCGCCCUGUCUCCUGAGCUGAGCCCCCCUCCGUCGUCCCUCCAGUGCCCGUCCCCCAGGCUGAGCCCUCCUCCCUUCCCCACUCAGUGCCCAUCACCUGACCCCAGUCCUCCCCUUUCACCUUCCCAAUGCCCGUCUCCAGAGCCCAGUCCCUCUCUCUCACCGUCUCAGUGCCCUUCCCCGGAGCUCAGCCCCCCCACUUCUCCCUCUCAAUGCCCGUCUCUUCAGCCUCCACUAUCUCCUUCUCAGCACACGUCCCCUUCCCCCUCCCUGUCCCGGUGCCACUCCCCAGAGCCUAUGCAGCACAUCCCACUUAACAAGGGCGACAGUGGUGCUAAUGAGGAGCGUUUAGCCCCCACAGCCUCGACUGAGUUUAAAGCAGGAAUGUCCAGGGACAGACGAGAGAAGCCUCAGGAGACGGCAAAGAAGAAUGAAGAGCCAUCUGUGUUUUCAGCCAUCCAGCCAACUGUUCCUCCAGCCCCAGAGAGGAGGACAAGCCCCUCACCACCACUCUCUGCGAAGGAGUAUGCAGAGGGAGAAAUGCAGGAGAUGGUGGAGAGAGAUGCAGUGACCCUCAUUGAAAAAGUACAAAAACAAAGGGAAGAAAAAGCCACAGAGUGUAAACGAGAUGGGGAAGAGGUGGUAGAUGUGGUGGGUGAGGUAGCGGGUGAAAAGAAACAAAAGGGAGAAGUGAAGGAAAUGGUAGGUGGCUCUUUGUCUUCUCCGUCCGUGUCUUUACCUCUUACACGUCCUCUCAGAGAUAUUGACAGCAUAGUGGACAAACAUCUUGGCAACUUCUCCUCUGAGAUGCAGCUCCUCCUGCAGGGGGAGAGCAUUCACUACAGCUUCCCACAGUCCCCUCACUCCACCUCGAACACAGAAACCACCGCACCUCAACACACACUCCCACACUCUUUGUCAUCUCAGUUUUCAGAGUAUGUGUCUUUAUAUAACUCCUGUCCCCCUGUGAACGACUAUGUCAGCUCUCUAAAGGACGGCAUUAACAGCAUGUUAAUUAAGUUUGGUGACAUCGAGCGAAGCCACAAUGCAGACACUAGCCGGACCAAUGCUGAUAACAAGUUGGCUAGCAGUGUAAGCGCUUUUGUGGCCAGCAUCCGAGCAGCUAAUACAAAAACAGGCAGCGAUGAUGAGGCUUCGGCUCCCAGUGGUGAACUGACGGCUGCUCAUCCCAGUUCUUCAGUCAGUCAAACUCCGGCUCUCUCCAGAGGAGGUGAAGUGUGGCAGCCAGAUGCAACCAGACAGUUUCCUGAUGCAACAAGCCGCAGGAAAUCUCCAACUUCUAAUGUCACUGUAUCAACUCCUACCUCUGCUUCUGUAUCUGUUUACAAGUCUACCGACCCCACCCACUGUCAUCCUCCUUCAGACAAGUUAUCACAGUCCCACUGGAAACCACAGCAAAGUCACACGUCAGAGAUCAACAGAACAGGAGCUCAAAAUAUCAGACUAACACAGGACAGAAACUUCAGGAUCACACAAUGUGCGACUGAUGUCGAAGCUGGGAGUAGUGGUACAGAGUUGAACUCCAACUUGACUCCCCCGGGGUCCAGUGGUGUUUCUCUGUCCUUACUAGAACCUCCACUCCCGACCGAGCUGGUCUCCACCUCGGCCUCUGUUUCCCCCUUCGCUCCCCCAACCACAGCACUGAGCUCCUUGAUCAACCAGCUGCAGCCAGAGGUGUUCAGCAGUCUGGUGAAGAUCAUCAAAGAUGUCAAAAAGAAAUCCCUGCAGUUCUACCUCCACAGCACAGAGGAGAGGGACCCGCUCCUGGAAGACAUCAAGAGACACCUGUUGAAGCAGGGAAACAUGGAGAAGAGUCCUGUGGCCUUUCUGAACCAUGAAAACCCUGACAACCGACUGCUGGUCAUCAUCAAGAACAAAGACAUCGCUGGACACAUACACAAGAUCCCAAACCUGGUUUCUCUGAAGCGACGGCCCUCUGUCGUGUUUGUGGGGAUCGAUACACUGGGCGACAUCAGGAACAACAGCUACAAUGAGCUCUUUGUCUCGGGAGGAUGCAUCGUUUCUGAUGAGAUGAUCCUCAAUCCUGACUUCAUCAGCCAUGGUCAGCUGGCUGAGCUGCUGCUGCUCCUGGAGCAACAGAGCUCUCUGGAGAGUGUCUGGAAGUGGAAGGUUCACUGCAAAACCCACAAGAAACUAAAAGAACAAGCCAGUUUCAGGAGAGAGGCAGCCAACCUACUGGACUUACUUUCAGCUUAUCAGAAACGGCAAGUUGUUGAGUUCCUCCCUUAUCAUCGCUGCGACAUGAUGAACCAUCAGUCGCCCGACCUGGACUGUCUUAUCGAGCUCCAGGCCCGCUACACACAGUACAGACACACAAUCUUCCUGACCGAGCAUUGUCAUGAGAGGUUACCUGCCUACGCCAGUGGAGGCAUCAUCGUGGCUGGUAUCGAAGAAAUUCUGCAAGACUUCACCAGAGUGGUCGGUUACCAUGACAUCAAGGACAAGCAACCAGCCAAGGACGUUCUGCUGGCAACCAAAGGAGCAUGGGCAGAACGCAGACUUGAUCUGUGCUCCCUCACAACAGUAAGCGAGAGGAUAAUGGCAGCCAACAACAGCAGCAAACCAUGUGUUGAAUUACAUAACUUGGUGCCCCUUGUUAUAAGAGAGUUGACCGGCACCAGGGAAAGAGACCAACCUAACCCUGCAAGCAUCCAAGACUCUUCCUGCACCCGCCUCGCCCCCCAAGCUGAAAUGGCUGUUUCACAACUGCAUACCAGUCCCCUGGCCAAUAGUUUCAAGGGACGAGGGGGAGAGGAACAAGGCAACAGCUCAGUGGCUCCCGCACCAGAACAAGGACUACAUAGACCUGAAAGACAGGAGAAUGUUGUGCCCAAUGGACAAACUGACAACUACUCUAAAUUGAUACAACUACUUGGCACUCUUGAUGAAUCCAAGUCACACUCUGCUCAGUCUGUGCCUCCUCAUCACUCGACUCGCUUGCAGCUGUAUAAUCACCAAGGUCGGAAAUUCAAGAACAGGCAACUUUUAGACCCCAGGGUUUGGAAGGACAUCUUUUAUUUCAGACCAGGCACUGUACCAAAAGACCAGCCAUACUAUCAUCUUGGCGAACGAUAUCAGGAGCUCCGGGCCACCAGCACUGUUGUCUUUGCUAGUUUUGCUCGCCCCUGCUCUACUCAGUGGAGGGUAGCCUGUGGAGUUACUUGCUACAACCACCCUGAAGGACCUUGGUGUGAACUCCAAUCCGGGGAUGGGACCCAGAUCUGCAUUCUUGCCACUCUCCCCGUGUCAGACACCCCUUAAACUAUAGUUUAACUCCCCUGUGGAGAUUCCUCGGCACCAACCCUCUCUUUUUCCAACUUUGAACCUUCAUCGUUGACCCCCUUCACCUGUUGUUAGAGUGCCACCUUGGAUAAAGUUCGGACCCAAGAGAACCAAUACAACAACUCCUGCCUAGAAGGGGGUCAGUCGAGCAGGGUACUGGGGGAGAGAAUAUACAAGGGGAGUGAAAGAAGGGAAGAAAAAGGAGGUACACUCACUGCUGAUUCCACAGACUGGAGAGCCAUUUGAGAGCUAUUAUUUAUAUGUUGUAUGUGAAAAAUAAACUGCCAGAUGCUGUUUAUCAGCUGUUAGCGAUUUUUCAGAUCACAUGCAAAGCAAAUGCAAUAGUCAAAUUAACAUAAUCCAUAUCAUCAGCCUGUGUUCAUACAGAAUACAUAUAUCAUGUGAUGCCUUGAGACUAAACCAGCGACGUGCUUUUAAUUUAAAUAUGCAUUGCGUCGAUUGCUUUUUAAAGACAAUGUAGCUCAGAGAGCAACUAUUUAAUUUGCUUUGUCACUUUACUUUUAUUAAAUAUAGUUGGUUGGCAUCAGGACCUUCCCUAUUUAUUGUAUGACAGACGGUUACGUCUUCGUUCAUAUGAAUAAAAAACAAAGCUAAAAAGACCAAAAACUAAAGGAGGAAAAUCUCCAAAGCAGCACCAACAAGAAAUUGUCUGACCAAUGACGUUUGAUGUCUCUUACAUUAUUUUUUCUCUAUAUUUCAGGACACCUUAUUAUAAAAAAACAAGUAUCCAUUUAUGAUCAAGACUGAAAGUCUGUUUUCAUUUAUUUUGUGUCAAGAUAAUAUAAGAGUAUAAUCAUAAUCGUGUGUUUGUUUGAAAAUCCUGGAAUUGAUGAAGGUUUCCAUCCUUAACUUAAGACACAAGUGGUAUUAAGCUCAUAACAAGUAUGUGUUAUGCUACUUGUACCAUGGAGGCUAGAUGGCUACUUGCUUUUAAGGCAUCAAAAAAGAGCUUGCAUAGCAAUUGAGCGUGAGGCGUAUUUUAUAUAGUCUUUUUAUUUUCAUAUAGGAAAACCCUGUAGUCAGUAUACAUACUUUUCAUUAAUAAAAACUGUUAUUUAAUAGAAUCAUUUGUUGUUGAGUUCUCUGUGGCAACGCACCAACAUAUAGUUUUCGUCACGAAAAGGACACUGCUACGCCCCCGAGGUAAGAUCCAGCGUUCCUCAUCUCAGGGUAGAGAAGUGCUGUAGGGACCUCCUCCCUGGACGAACAGCUGGUUCAGGCCCAGUACAGGCCUUUUUAC